GUUGAUGACAAAAAAAAGUAAGCUGUAGCACUUAAGGUAAAAUAUGAGCGAGGAAAUAGUGUGUGUGGAUGAUUUUGAAAAGUAUGCUUUGAAUGUCCUUGAUAAGAAAAUUGCAGAUUAUUACAAAAGUGGGGCCAAUUUGGAACAAACUUUGUCUGAAAAUAGAAAAGGCUUUUCUAGGUUACGCUUCAGAACAAGAUGUCUGAGAGACGUAUCAAACAGAAAAACCAACACCAAAAUAUUGGGGAAGGAAGUUGCCUUUCCAGUAGGAAUAGCACCUUGUGCUAUGCAAAGGAUGGCUCAUCCGGACGGAGAGGAGGCCACAGUCAAAGGAGCUGCAGCUGAAGGAUGCAUCAUGAUACUAAGCACCUUGUCCACAACCUCAAUCGAAGAUGUCGCAAAAGCUGCUCCAGAGUCCCAGCGUUGGUUCCAGCUCUACAUCUACAAAGACAGAACUGUGACGAAGAAUCUGGUGAAACGUGCUGAGGCCGCUGGAUUCCAAGCCCUGGUGCUGACAGUAGACACCCCCUUGUUUGGCAACCGUCUUGCAGAUUCGAGAAACAAAUUUUCUUUGCAUCCCCAUCUAAGGCUUGCAAACUUUUCGGACGCCGAUUUUUCCGUCAUUGGCACCAAAUCAGGAGGCUCUAAUCUCAACAACUAUGUCAACUCCCUGUUUGAUCCGUCUCUGACCUGGAGUGACAUCAAGUGGCUCAAAGAGGUGACCACUUUGCCAAUUAUAGUCAAGGGAGUGCUGACUGCUGAAGAUGCUAUAUUAGCUGUUGACCAUGGUGUUUCUGGCAUAAUAGUAUCCAAUCAUGGAGCUAGACAACUUGAUGGGGUGCCAUCCACUAUCGAAGCCUUGCCUGAAGUUGUUCGAGCUGUAGCUGGAAGAUGUGAAGUAUAUAUGGAUGGUGGCGUGAGAACAGGCACAGAUGUUUUGAAAGCAGUAGCACUUGGUGCGAAGUGCGUCUUCAUAGCUAGACCUGUACUGUGGGCUCUGGCACAUAGCGGUGAAAUUGGUGUCAGGAAAGUGCUUCAAAUUCUGCGAGAUGAAUUCCAGCUAGCAAUGGGUUUGCUCGGUUGCGCUUCCAUUGAUGAAGUAAAACCUUGCAUGGUCGUCAGAGAAGAGUUUUAUUCUCGAUUGUAAAAAAAAAAAAAAAUCCACAAGACAUGAGAUUUCCGCAAGAUGUGCCCUCCCCCCCCUUUUUUUUUUGAAGGGGAGAGGGGGAGCUUUUUAAUUUUACAUUAUUCAUUGAUUUUUUUUUUCUAAACAAACAACAGACACUGUUUCAGACGAUGCCACAAUGUUUGCAUGUUAAUGUAAAAAAUGUUAGGCCACAUUUUUGACUGUAGAUAUUUUUGAAGGUAAUUAUAUGAAGGCAUUAACUUCUUUCUUGCUAACAUUGAAUUCACUAUAUUUACAUGCUACAUAGAGGAAUUGAGUAAAAAAUUCGCCUUAUCCAAAUGGAAUCACUUACCACAACCAACCCUACCUAAAUGUGUAUUCCAGGGUUGGGUUUUGGACUGUCCAAAACUGGUUUAGGACAAUUGUUAAAGUUGGUAAAAUUGUUUGAAAGGUCAAAAAUACUGACUUUACUGACCAAAAUUUAUAAACUAUUGACCAUAUGCUGACUAAAAUUAAAAAAAUAACAAACUUUGGAGUAACAAAAGAGAGUAUCAUACUUAGUGAAUCUUUGUUUGUAAUAUGCAGCAACCUAAUGUACAGCUAAUAUGGUACAAAUUUUGACUGAUUUA